AGGGGACAAUGAAGUAAUCACUCUGAAGCAAAUUAAACCUACUCUCAUGUGUCUUCUUCUAUUACAAUAAUUGCUCCCUUUUUAAAGGCAUUCACUCACACCAUUCAGAAGUAACCUAGAGAAGCAAAUCAUUCGUAGAAAAUGGCAGAGGUAGAAAUGAAGCAAGAGAUAAAGGGUGCGACUGAGCCAGAGACAAAGGUUGCGACUGAGCUAGAGACAAAGGCUGAUAGUAUGGUUGGAGAAAUUUGGAUAGAUGUUGAUAUCAAAGCUUCUGCAGAGAAGUUCCACCAUAUGUUCGCUAAAAGGCCACACCACGUGUCCAAUGCCACCCCUCGCCACAUUGGGGGAGUUGAGCUGCACGAGGGAGAGUGGGACAAAGUUGGAAGCAUAGUCUUGUGGAACUACAUUCAUGAAGGAAAGCCAAAAGUAGCAAAGGAUAGGAUCGAAGCGGUGGAUCCGGAGAAGAAUCUGAUAAAAUUCAGGGUCUUAGAGGGAGAUGUGUUGAAGGAGUACAAAACCUUCUUGAUAACACUCCAAGUAACACCAAAGCAAGGAGGAUCCGGAAGUGUGGCGAGGUGGCACUUGGAGUAUGAGAGGAUUGAUGAGAAGGUAGCUCAUCCUGAAACUCUAAUUCCAUUCUUGGAAUCAAUGUCCAAAGAGAUCGAUGAACACCUACUGUCCACAGAGUAGAACGAAGACUUCCUUCUGCUUGUUUUUUUUUGUAACAUACUUCGGUUUGUUUAAAACCCUAUGUAUGAUGAGUCUGGUGCCGUGGUGCAUGCAUGUAUGUAUGUAGUACAUGCAUGUAUAUUCAUAUUUCUGUAUUAUAUGGAGUAGUAAGUAUAUGCUAUGUUUUUAUCAAGUUACAAGUUUGUAACAUGUAUGCCUAUGGAAAAAAAAAACAUGUAUGCGUAUGAGCUUUCCCUUUUUUGUAUGUUGUGACAAAAUAAAUAAAAAUCAUACUUAUGCAA